AAAAUUUAACUUUAUUGUCAAAUCAAAGACCCAAAACAAAUGUUUUUCGAGCGGAAACAUGUUCAAACGAUAUAUUUAAACUUUACGAAAACCUUAGAAGUUUAAUUCUUCCUUUGUACAAAUAUAUGUCUGCGAAAGGCGAAGCACGAAGCAAACGUUUACAGAGGUUAAGGUUGCCAGGCAACCGUUCGAUUUGCAGUAAAAGACCCCUGAACCACAACUUAAUAAUUUUAUUGGCUGGAAAAAUGUUGAAGUCACUGGCUCCAAUUGAAGGAAACCAACAGCCUCAGCUGCAGCUGCUCUGGGAAGACAAGGAGGUCAAAUUCGAUGUGCCGCAAUUGCACAAAAACCUACGGAGCGGGGAGCAAGUACUGGAUUACAUUUACCACAUCGAAGACAGCAAGGGAAAUCCGGGGGACACUGGCCGUCUAAUGGUCACCAAUCUUCGCAUAAUUUGGCACUCGCUGGUCCACAAGAAGUACAACCUGUCCAUUGGUUACGCCCGGAUUGGUAACACUAACACUCGAAUAGUGCACAUGCACACGAAGGCAAGGAUUGCCAGUCAGGCCCUCUACAUCCUGGCCAUUAGCAAUGAGACUCGCUUCGAAUUCCUUUUUACCGACGUGUCCGGGGAAACGUCUCGACGGGAUCAGCCCAUCUUCGCCAGUGUCUUUGACGUGUAUCACUUAUAUCAACGUACUUAUCUCUACCGCGACCUAAAGCUGCGCGGAGCCAUUGUUCAAGCUGGUCAAUUGGUCAUUCUACCAGAUGAGCAAGUCUACAGCCAGGUACAGGGUGUCUGGAAUUUGUCGAGCGACCAGGGAAACCUCGGCAGCUUCGUGGUCUCUAACAUUCGGUUGGUGUGGUUUGCCGAUGCCAACGAAACCUUCAACAUAAGUUUGCCGUACCUACAAAUUGAAAGUCUUCGCAUCCGUGAGUCCAAGUAUGGACCUGCCUUGGUGAUUCAAACAGCAGAAACGGGAGGUGGAUAUGUACUAGGCUUUCGCAUCGAUCCCUCCGAACGUCUAAACGAGCUGUUUAAAGAGCUUUGCUCGCUGCACUCUAUCUAUGGCGAACAGCCCAACUUUGGUAUACAGUAUAACGUUCAGGAAGCCCGGGAGCGAUUGGCAGCAGCCGCCGAGGAAGCGGCCCAGUCCUCUCAGUUUAAGGUUGAUAACUUCGAGGAGUUGGACGAGCGGCAGGAGCGGGAGAUCAACACAAAACUGAAUAGCUACCUCGCCGAAGGAUGUUCGGGAAAGGACCCACGUAGAUCAAGCCAGGGAGAAAAAGACCCUGUCUACUGUAAGGAGCUGGGAUUCGCCAUGGAGCAAAUUAGAGACGGGUACAAGUUAAAGGAUCUGUGGGACGUCAUGCCUACCAAAAUGGAAACGAUGGAAUGAAUUUAUUGAAGAAUGUUUAAUUGAUUUCGCUAUUAAAGUGUUUAUUUUAAAAUUAUUUAGUUGUCCGUACAACUUACAGAAAUUCGUUUGUAAAUAUAUGUCCACCUACAUUUUAUCUACAUUGAAGAAUCUCAAGUCCAAGUCAAGGCGAAGAAACAACGAUGUUAGCAUUGGCAAUAUCAUACUCAAAUGUCGAUUUUCAUGGC